UGCUCAGGCCAGGCUGCAACCCAAAGGAUCUCUCAGAACUCUGCAGAGUCGUCCUGGCAACCAGCUGCUCAGCCAGUCAGCAUCUGGUACUACAAUUCGCCCUCAACAUCUGGAACCAUGGCAGUGAGAAGAGCCCUGAUUAUAUUGGCCCAUGAGGAGAAGACUUCAUUCAACUAUGCCAUGAAGGAGGCUGCCGUAAAUGUUCUGAAGAAGCAAGGAUGGGAGGUGACUGAAUCUGACCUGUAUGCUAUGAACUUUAACCCCAUUGCUUCCAGAAAGGACGUCACAGGUAAGCUGAAGGACCCCCAAAACUUUCAGUAUGCUUUUGAGACAGCUCUAGCCCAUAAAGAAGGCCGCCUGAGCCCAGACAUCGUGGCUGAACAGAAAAAGCUGGAAGCUGCAGACCUCUUGAUAUUUCAGUUCCCUCUGUAUUGGUUUGGAGUGCCCGCCAUUAUGAAAGGCUGGUUUGAGCGAGUGUUCGUGCGGGAAUUCGCCUAUACAUAUGCCACCAUGUAUGACCAUGGUCCUUUCCGGAAUAAGAAGGCCUUGCUUUCCUUCACCACUGGGAGUAACGACUCUAUGUACUCUGUUAACGGCGUCCACGGGGACAUAAACAUCACCCUCUGGCCACUUCAGAGUGGCAUUCUGCAUUUCUGCGGCUUCCAGGUCUUAGAACCACAGGUGGUAUACAGCAUUGCCCAUACCCCACCAGAUACCCGGAAGCAGAUCCUGGAAGGGUGGAAGAAGCGCCUGGAAACUAUCUGGGAUGAGAAGCCACUCUACUUUACUCCAAGCAGCAUGUUUGACCUCAACUUCCAGGCAGGAUUUGUACUGAAAAAAGAGGUUCAAGAGGAGCAGAAAAAGAACAAAACUGGCCUUUCUGUAGGCCAUCACUUGGGCAAAUCCAUUCCAGCUGACGACCAGACCAAAGCUAGAAAAUAAGAUUGUUUUUCUAACAUAAAUAAAUGAACACACAAGGACAUGGGGGUGCAUGCCUUUAAGGUCUUCAAUACUUAAAACAAUAGCCCCCUACUGAGCUGAAGAGGU